AUGUGGUCAUCCGACCGUCCACACCGCCCGCUGCGCUCAGGCCCUAGCGAGAUUGAAGUCGAUGCUGAUGUCAGCUCGUCAAGUGAAUACGAUAGUGAAAGAAGUGAUCUAACUUCACUGGAUUCGUCUGUCUUCAAUUAUAUCUAUGAAAACGGUCGCACAUACCAUUCUUAUAGAUCGGGAACUUAUGUCCUCCCCAAUGAUGAAAAGGAACAAGUGGCAGAUGAAUACCCUUCCGCUGAGGUUAUCGGCGUAGACCUCUCUCCUAUUCAGCCGGGAUGGCUUCCACCUAAUUUGAAAUUCAUCAUUGAUGACGCGAACCAAGAAUGGGAUUUCCCCGAAGAGUCUUUCGACUUCAUUCAUAUCCGGGGUCUAGCUGGAUGCAUAGCGGACUGGCCUACCUUUCUUCGACAGUGCUACAAACAUCUCAAGCCAGGUGGGCGCAUCGAAAUAUCAGAUUUAGUCUCUCGUACACAUUGCGACGAUGAUUCAUAUCCUCUGAACUGCCAUUAUCGCAUCUGGGAGGCUGAAUUCUUCCGUGUGGCUGACAUCCAAGGCCGACUGUGGGAUAUUGUACCAUACAUGCACGGAUUCCUGGAAAAGGCCUCAUUUGAAGAGAUCAAAUUCGCCCGGAACCCCAUUCCUAUCGGGAGGUGGCCGAAAGAGCCACGGAUGAAAGAGAUCGGUCGCUAUAUUCGCGCACAGCUAGUCGAUAGUGCUGCGGAGAGCUAUACAUUGGCUCUGUUUACUCGAUUCGGGGGCUGGUCCCAUGAAGAGAUCUAUUUUCACUGCACAGAAGCCUCUUUCUUCACGAAGGAGAUCUGA